AUGGGCUUAGACGGUGGUCUGUCAUGGGCAGAUCAAUGGGACUACAACCCUGACCCUCCACCAUCUUCAUCGGAUAAUGACAAGAAGAAGAACAAAGAUGGAUCUUCAGACAAGAGCAAAUUUAGGAAGACAAUCUUGGGCUUCAAGUGGAUGAAAGACUUGCGAAAGAAAUCUGACAAAUCUUGAAAAAAAAAAAAAAUACUUUCUUAUUGUUGGUUAAGCUUUAUGAAUGAAAUGACAGAAGCCAGGAAAUGAGCAUAAAAAUUAUUCUGGUUUCCUUAAACCUCACCAUCCAAUGAAUUCUGAUAUAAUUAAUUAUUGUUACAUUACUGAAUUA